GGAGCCCCAAUGUUGUCAUUGACAUCUUCUUGUCAGAUCCUUCCUUCUAAUUGACCACGGAUCUUCGAACCAUCUAUAAACCAACAGCGAUACCAUGAGAUAGGAGUGAGAGGGCAGGAUGGUCUCAUCAAGACGUCAUGGGCCUUCUCAAGGACCCAAACCGUCUGUUCCGUUGCCGCUGCCCAUUCAUUUUGGGGCUUUGCCUACUCGCCUCCCUGGAAAGACGUUGAUACCAGUUCUGUCCACUUUGAUCAAUUCCGUGCCCAUCUACUUGACCCUGUCUCCGACACACGAGCCCCACCUAUCUGUCCUUCCCCUGCUUCUGUCCCUGGUACCACCACUGGCACCUCUACAAAUAUUGACAACACUCAAGCUUCACCAGGGAGAGUAUUCGCUGGAACUGAAUGGUGAAGCUCCUUUCAUCGACUUUUGGGUCUCUUUUGAUAAGGCUCGAGAAAUCUGUGAUUAUCUCGGAGUCUCCAGGCUAUUCUGGGAUGAGAAGGACAAGGCCAAGGGGCUGUUGGGAAAAGACGUACAGCGAGCGGUCAGCUGGGACGAGAGCCAUGCGCUAGGCCACAACUGGCUGCCAUCCCCUGCGAGUCUUCCGCCUUCCAGCUACUCGCUGAGUGCGCUGUUGGACACUCCGUUUGGCAGUAUAUCGCUAAUCCCUGGCGAGCGAUGUAUCACGUCGCCCAUAGACGACGGAAGAAGAUCAUAUCUACGUUCGAAGGCCGUCUCUGAUAACCCCAGCCAGAUUCGACCAGGACACUGGCAUGAAGCUUGGGAUGCCCUUCUGACCUGGACAAUAGAAGCAUGGGAAGGGUAUAUUGAGAAUCCAUCACAACCUGAUCCCGGACCCUCUAGUCGAAGACGCCCUGCAGCACCACAGACCCUUCUAUCCCUGAUGCCUGUCCUUUUGUCUCCAAAUCAACCUGCCUUCACUCCGUCCCCUUACGAUAUCUACGCUCUGAGACCUUCUAAAUCCGAGCCGAAGUCAAUUGUGCAAAAUGCCUGGGAAUUACUCUGGCAGGUGUCUCCGUUGUACAGACAGCCGCUGCCAGAGGUUCGGGCCACACAACGUCAAGCGAGGGUCAAUUUGGGUCUCGCAGAGAGUGUGGGAUUGACGAUGGUGGCUAUGUGGCGAGCCCACAUUGCGAUAAACCGAGACCGAGCGAGCAGCGAACACGUCCCGAGAAUCAUCAUUGAUUGCUCACAUGGCUCCCAAACAGAACAAGAGCAGAAGGGGGAAAAGAACAGUCAAGAGGGGUUCGAAGCAAGCGAACUGACUUUCGUAUGAGGAUUUAGAGAAACGCCGACAAUCUUCACCACCUCGAAUGACGAGGCGACGCAAACGGAAAUCUCGAUUGCCCGGCCGUCCUGCUUCGUCUCGGAAGGUCAUCUCAAAUGGACGCUCAGAAAAGUAUGAGAAGGCUGCACAGUG